UUCAUAUGAGCGCGCUCGCUGAGGGGUUUAUUUAUUCAACGACCGAUCCCGUGUGCGGACAUUAUUUUCCGAAACGUUCGCAAAGGAGCACACGACGAACAAAACGCGAUACAAUAUCAAAAGAAACCAAUCGAUUCGAUUGUGGUCCGUGCAUACGUUAUUAAGUCGAAAAGUUAUGCGCUGCAUUAUUUUGCAUGAAAGUCAAAUAUCUUGGCGCAGGUUUUUCAAAUGUUUCGCGAGCAACGCGGAUUUUUUGCAUGCGGAUAAAUAAAAGUGAAGUGUAAACUGUUAUCAGAUAGCCGUGAGACGAAUAUGGAUAUUUUUGAAUAAUGAACGCGUAACUCCAUAAGUUAUCAGUCGAGGGUUUGAGUAAAAAAACACUUAGACGAGCGCAAAAAUUAAAAAAAAAAAAAUUAUUAAAAUUAGGCAGGUAUUUUAGCGAGCUGUAGCUAUCAAAUGCAUGCCGCGCAGCCCAGUGCAACAAUACAAAAACAACGGUCAUGUUUUGUAUGCCAACCGCCGCCUCCAGCCCAAGGCUUUAGGGUCACUUGUAAGAUAUUCGAACGACUAAACAAGCAUAAGAACAGCAGUGCUUAAUUAAAGAGAAUAUUUAAAAAUAAACUGUGUAAAUCAGAAAAUUGUGUGAACGAAAGCGCGAGGGAGAAAAAAGCGGCAAAACGCAAAUUUCAUUUCAUUUACAAAACGCCGAAAUAGCGACGGCAUAUCGCUGAAAAGGAAGCAAAAAAUAAAGAUAGGCGGAAAAACACUCGGCAAAAAACACUCCACUAAAUAUACUAAAAUUCAGACGCACAUUUGUAUGUGUGUGUUACUAAAACCCUAUUACUGCACCAAAUCGAUUACAGUGAAUAGCCAUCCACUUAAACUAUAGGAAACGGAAAAACCCACACCAUCGACGGAAAGGCGGCGUAAAGGUCCUAAAUUAACGACUACCUGGUUCUAGUAAUAUUUCAUUGAUAAACUGAAGGCGCUAAGCAGCUGACAGUGAGUCAAUCCGCCACAAAGCACGCCAGACAACACCGCCAGUGGGCAACGCUGAGUGCCAGCAAAAGCGCAUAGCGAAAAGUAAUAACAGAAAUUUAAUAAUUAAAUUAUUUGGCAGAAGUGUUAUCUAAUCUAAGUGUACGCUUUUCACACUAACCACCCAUCCACCUAUCGAACGACCGAACAACCAACAUACCAACAAAAAUAACAACAAAAAACAAAGCAUCGACAAAGCAAACAACCUGCUUGCCAUCCGCGCGCGAUACGCAACAAAGUGUGUCGCAGAGUCACUCACUCAGUCAGUUAGUCAGUGUCAGAACGCGAGCGUGUUUGUUUGUCAUCACUAUAACAGCACAAUUUCAUUUUUUUUUUUUGUAUUUCUUAUUUAGUUUGCGGAUAUUACUUGUAUAUCGCCAAGAAGCGUGGAUCUUCUGCAUACUUCGUACACCGAAAGGCGUGAAAUCAACGGUGAAAGAGUACAAAAAAAACGUUCUUUGACAGUCACAGGUUAAACGAGUGUUUUAACCGACGAAUACAUAAUUUUCAAUAAUUAAUUUUCAUAUAUCCAUACGAGUGUGUGUGCAUAGAUUUCAAGAGCAAUUAAUUUUCAACGUUCAAAAAGCAAAAAAUAUAAAUAAGUGAAGUGCAAAGUGUUAAGAGAAAAAGUGCAAUCUACACAAUUGCCGCGCAGCAAUAGCAGCCAUAAAGAAAUUAAGUGUAAAAUAAUAAAAUUUAGCUGGAAAAUAGUGGCAGCGACAAGUAAAGCAAAACUAGUAUAAAAUACUAAUAUUUAUUAUAUUACUAAUAAAAUAAGAGUAAAGUAAGAAACGAACCACAUAAAAUGGCCAUCAUUAGCAGUACAAAAACGACGAACUCGUCGACGUCAACCAACUAUUACACAUGCAAUGCAACCAGCGCAACGAGCGCGGAGUGCAGCUCCGCGAUAGACACACCUGCAGAUAUGCUAAAAUCAAGAAAGACGACAAAAGCAUCCACAUCUUCUGUCAGAACGUCUUGCGCAGCAUUAUUCACAUCACCGGCAGCCGCAACGGCAGUUACAGGAAAAUCAGCGCGACGAACACUGUCAUUAUCUGCAGCAGCAACGAGAGCGGCAAGCUCCACAACGCUGUUCAAUCUCCUCUCCAAAUUCAUCAUAUUUGCCAUCUUGAUUUGCACAGCGCCAUCGUCGGUUAGCGGCCGGCGGCAUACGCCACUUUUGGUAGAUGAAUCGGAGGGCACACGUAGAAAUAACAGACCAGUUGUUUCGGAAUGCCAGUUUGGAAAAACGGUACGAGAGAUCGGUUCCACCUGGUUUGCGGACCUCGGGCCGCCAUUCGGCGUCAUGUACUGUAUCAAGUGCGAAUGUGUAGCGGUGCCUAAAAAGCGUCGAAUCGUUGUACGCGUGCAAUGCAAAAACAUUAAACACGACUGUCCGAUAGCAACAUGCAAUGACCCAGUCCAACUGCCUGGAAAAUGUUGUAAAACAUGUCCCGACGAUAAAAAUGAUACGGACGUAUCCUUGGAUGUACCUGCCCCGGUUAAUAUUGAAGAGGAGGAGCGCAAUAUGAAACAUUUCGCGGCUCUACUCACCGGCAGAACAUCACUUUUCUUGAAAGGAGAAGAGAUGAAGGCUAUGUAUGCGACAAGCACCUACAAUCCGCAAAAUAUCGUUGCCACAGGCCGUUUCUUGUUCCAUAAGAAGAACCUCUAUUACUCUUUCUACAUCUCGUCGAAAACUAAUCGCCCACGUACCAUUCAAUUUGUCAAUGAUGGUGGCACCAUACUGGAGGAGCAUCAGCUGCAGACCCCACUCUCCGAUACACAGAGCGUGUAUCAGAAUGCGACUGGUAAGAUCUGUGGCGUUUGGCGUCGUGUUCCUCGUGACUAUAAACGACUGCUGCGUGACGAACGCUUGCACGUUGUUUUGCUGUGGGGUAAGAAGGAUCAGAUUGACCUCGCGCUUGGUGGAAACAUUGCCAAAUAUACCGCUUUGCAAACGGAAUUAUUCAGUUCACUAUUAGAGCCUGCACCCGGCCCGAAACCUGCUCUUUUAAACGGCGCUGGUGGCACAGCUAUCAUCUCGACAAGCAGCGGCGCCGCUGCCUCCGUUCAUUUAACACUCGUCUUUAAUGGCGUAUUUGGUUCUGAUGAAUAUUUAGAUAGUCCGAUUAAUGUGCGCGUUGAAUCACCCGAUCGCAAAGAAAUCGUUUUAGAUGAAGUGCAAAAGGUGCGCAAACCUUCGGCUGAGAUCAAUAUUUUGGAAAUUUCUUCACCCAUCUCCAUACCAAUGCUGCGUUUGAUGUCACGUGGCAAACUGCUAUUGACAAUAGAAUCGAAGAAAAACCCUCACCUACGUAUACAGGGUCACAUUGUUACGCGCGCCACCUGUGAACUCUUCCAGACUUUGCUUACACCACACAACGCGGAGUCUAGAACAAAGAGUAGCGGCUUAUCUUGGGUCUUUCUCAAUACCGACGGCUCGCUUUCAUACAACAUUGAAACGGAUCACAUCAGCAUCAAGGACCGUCCCGAAAUCAAUCUAAUGGAAGACUUGGGUAAGCGCAGAACUAUGCUGGACAACCUUACACCAACAUUCAAUUUCAAUCAAGCCAUUGGCAUCAUCGAUAAAUUGAGUCCAAAAGCAAUUGAAUCUUUGUAUGCCGGUGACUUAGGGGUCAAUAUUGCCAUCGAGAAGGAACCAAGUCUCAUACGCGGUCACUUUGUACCCCGCCCCGUUGCAGAUGCGCGCGAUUCUGCUGAGCCAAUUCUACUAAAACGCGUCGAGAAUUCUACAAGUGCACCGGCACACGCUAUGGGCAUGGCUUGGUUGGCCAUCGAUAACGAAUGUAGCCUUCAUUACGAGAUCACCGUGAAUGGGUUCCAAUACAAUCCACAGGAUUUGCAAAUAUAUCUCGAAGAAAAGCCAAUUGAAGCCAUCGGCGCUCCAGUGACACGCAAAUUACUUGAAGAAUUCUCCGGCUCCUACGUGGAGGGUUAUGUGCUAGGCAUGCCUUCCCUUGACCUCGUUAAAUUAGAAAAUAACGUAUGCUACCUGGAGAUCCAUUCAAAAGAGAAUAGUGAGCUCUUAUUACGGGGCAAAUUAAAAUCCACAAAGGUUCCAUCUCACUGUCUUCCCCUUCACACGGAUAACAAUGUGCCGAAUUCGGCCGUGCCAGGAGACCACGGUGACAACAAUCUCAUUGGGCCAGAUGCCAAGUGCUUCCAUUCAGGCCGCUUCUAUGACGAAUCCGAGCAAUGGCGUAACGCAAAUGAUGUUUGCCAAAUGUGCGCCUGCCAAAGCGGCCAACCCACUUGUGAGCCAAUCAAAUGCCCAGCAAUGCAGUGUAAACCUAACGAAGAGCUAAUACGGCGGGAGGGCGAAUGUUGCUCCAUGUGCGUGGCGAAAAAUGUCGUCGUUGAGACGGCGAGUACAGCUGAACAAACCGCACGCGGAUGUCGUUUGGGUGAUCAAUUCCACUUGGCCGGCACCGUUUGGCACCCGUUCUUGCCACCGAACGGCUUUGACACGUGCACCACCUGCACCUGCGAUGUGCUAACUCUGGAAGUGCGUUGCCCACGCAUUGUUUGCCCGAUGCUACGCUGUUCAGACAAAGUCGCCUACCGCCCGGACAAAAAGGCUUGUUGCAAAGUGUGCCCCGAAAGCAAGCCAUCGCGUGGCGACAAAGUCUUAAACCCCAACAUAUUACAAGAUCAAGGCAUACGUGUGACAUACCCGGCAGAAGACAUCAUCAGCCAGGGCGGCUGUAAGGUAUUGAAUAAGGUCUACGAGAACGGACAGGAAUGGCAUCCCAUUUUGGCAUCACACGGAGAACAGAAAUGCAUUAAAUGCCGCUGCAAGGAUUCGAAAGUGAAUUGCGAUCGCAAACGUUGUUCUCGUUCCAUCUGCCAGCAGACGCGCAUUUCGGCAAAGCGAAAAUUGUAUGAGAAAUCCGGCAUUGGCGAACCGAACAUCGACGAGUGCUGCUCCACGCAGUGCCGACGCUCGCGCCGCCACCACAGACGCGUGCACCAGGACCACACAAGCGCCGCUGACGACCGGCAGCAGAGGCAACAGUCGAAGCGAGCGCAACAACAAGCCAAUUUGAACCGCAGCGGCAGCAACAGCCAUAGCAGCUGAACACCAAACUCGAGUCGCUUGCUUACACAUAUACCUACAUAUAUACACUUAAUCGCGCUAGUAUCACAGAAAAGAAAUGAAUAACAAAACCACGAUUUUCUUCUAGAGAAAAUAUGCGCUUUUUGUAACUUUAUUGAAAACAGAACUGAAAACGAAUGUAGCGAAGCAAUGAAAACCAUGAUUAGUAGCACUGAAAAAGAAAAACGAAAAGGAGAACGAAUGUUUGCAAACUAAGCCGCUAGCGAGAGUAUUUACUAAAAAAUUAGAGAAAAACUAUUUUUUGUAUUGUAUUAAAGUAAAGUUAACACAAUAUAGUCCAGCAGUGAAAAUGAAAAUGCAAAUGGAAAAAUGUUAUAGUGCGCCAGUUGUAGAGGCCAAAGUUAUACGUGUAUAAUUAUUUUGGGGAAGCGUUUGUGGCAGCUAUUAAAAAAUAUAUAAGUACCAGUGCAGUUGCUUCAGGCUUUCAAUUCUAACGAAUGCUGAAUUUAAGCAAAAAACAAACAAAAAAUACUUCAAAAAUCUGUAGCUUUUGAAAACUCGCUUCCAAAUGUCGUGAAAAGCUGCGCUGAAUUUUAAAGUGAAAUUCUCUUAAAAUAGAUUAAGAACGAUGAAUCGAAUAAUUAUUGAGGAUUUUAUGCAAUGCGAAAGCAGCUAGUUAGAGACAGAGAGCACAAGAGCGGCAGAGAGGUAAAGAGAGAGACAGUGCAAGAAUGAGAAACACAUCCCAAUUGUUUCGACUGAUUGACUGAAUGGCAUAGAAUAAGUAAAAGAACUUACAAAAAUAUUACAAAAAAAAAGAAAAUAUAUAUAUAUUUGUUUUUUAUAUUCAUUAAAUAUGUACUAAUAUUAAACGCAUAAACUGAUGCAAGGACAUACGUGCAUAUGUUCGUAUACACACACAUACACAUGCAUAUAUGUACAUAUAUAAUUGGAGACCCCCACUGCUCGUGCCUUUAAACAAUUGUCCAAUUUACACUGAAAUCGUUUGCUAACAUUUAUCGCCAAUACAAAUAUAUCAUAAGCACUUUGUAGUAUUUUUAUUGCAGUGUUGCUUGGAGUUU